AAUAAACCCGCAAACUCCACGUAUAACGUUUUGAUAUAGCGCUGCAUUCCUGUGCAUCGUAGUUUUGGUGAUUUGAUCGUAAGAAACACACGGCCAACGAUGCGUUUCCAGAGCGCCAUGAUUCUGACUGCUGCAUUUUUGGCGCAAUGUCUAGCACACCCUGAUCAAGCUUACAGACCGACGAUCACUACUCCCCACGCCCCUGACUCUCUUUUCAAAAGCACGGUUGCGACUUCCUCGAAAAGAUUCCUAAGAUUCGACCCAGCGGUUCGGGAUACGGCAGGCAACGACGAAGAGAGAGUUGGUCCCUCUUGGCUAUCUAUAGUGGACGAUCUGACGCAGAAAAUGACCACAACAGCUUUAACUGCUGACGAAGCGCAGCUCAAAACGUGGAUACAGUCCCAAAUACACCCACACGAGUUGUUUGGAAUCUUAAAUCUCGGAAAGCGUGCUGCGCAGCUGGAUGAUAAUCCGGAUUUCGUCCAGUGGCUCAGGCUUGUAGAGGCUUACCGUGCGAAGAAUGGGAAAACGAAGUUUUCGGAUUUGGAUAUUUACUAUUUGUUGCUGAGGACAAAUAGUGCUGAGCAGCUGAAAACACUUCCCGAAGCUCUCCGACAAACACCCGGAUUAAUCAAGAUGGGGAAGAGUAUGGAGAAGUCUCUAUCUGGAGAAUGGAUUCGCAAAACGUUACAGGAAAAUACGUAUCCAACAAUGGUUUACAAUACGCUCCGUCUUAAAGAGGCCGGUUCAAAGCUAGAUGAGACGCCAAUGUUCCGUCAAUGGCUGAAAUACGUGGAAAAGUAUCGGAACGAAAAGGGAGCUUUGUUCGGGAACACGGAAAUGUUGCUGUUGUUCAAGAAUACAAUGCCAGAAGAAGACGUCAUAAAUCUACUUCAGCGGCUUCGAAGCGACAAGGGAAUGAGGAGCCACGCCGAUAAAAUGCAAAGAUUGAUGUUUUACACGUCCAAAACUAGCCACACAACGAUGGCUGAUGUGUGGCUGAAGUUCCGAGAAACCCCAGAGGAAGUGUUCAAUAUUCUACGUUUGGCAGAAACAACAUCUGACGCCAUUGAUGACAACCCAUUGCUGGUCCAGUGGCUCAAGUACACCCAAACGUACAGGGAGAAAAUUGACAAGAAUGCAUUCUCCGACGCUGAAGCAAUGCAGUAUUUCAGGAAGGCCAAAUUGCAGGAGCCCGAUUGGGAAUUAGUGUGAAUGCAUAUUUUACCAACGAUGACCGUAAUGCUACACUUAAUGCCGUUAUGAAGGUGCAGUGACUUGGUAACGAGUGUACAUACAGAUUCACCAA